AUGUGCAAGUGUACCCUAACGAAACUGUAUGUCUUGUCAGAAACCCAAAUUAUAAAUACGGAGUGGCAGUGCCUGACGUUGCUGCUGCUGAUCGCGGGGGUGGCUCUGAGCGAGAAAAAGGUCGACCUCGAGGACAUCGAGAGAGACCAGUUCCCCCGCACCGAGGGCCGUGGAUCCACGACGAAGAAAGCCUCGCUGGAGACGCUGCGCGCCGAGGAGACCCAGUACCCGACGACGGCCGCCGAAACGCCGAGCGGCCGGACUCCAGAACCGACUCUGGCGACGACGGCUCACCGCCACCAGCAAUAUCAUCACGCCCCGACAAUUUCCACUCGGGAACUCGGCAAUCAAGCCGGCGAUUACGCGGAACUCCCGGCUUACGAAAGUUUCAAAUACGCGGCCCCGGUCCCGGAGUACGGACAAGGCGAGGACGCGUCCGACUACGCACAGGCGGGUCUCUUGGCAAAUCCGGUGGACCAACAGCAACAACAACAACAGCAACAAUAUUACUCCCAGCAGAGCCGAAGUCAUUCCCAGAACGACUAUGAGCAGCAGCAGCAAUUGUAUCAGCAGGAAGUGCUGGGAAAUCAGCUGCAGCAGGCCCAGAAAACGCUCGCGCCCAACUACGCCGAUAUGAGCGAUGAUAAAGGGGCUUACUAUAUAAACAUACCGACAAGCCAGUUGCUCGCCUACUACCAGCAAAACUACGCAGUUGUCGAGCCAAAGAGCAAGAGCCCCGACCAUCAGCCACAGCCGCAGCCGCUUCCAAUCCCUGUUUAUACGCCGAUGUUGACUCAAAGUCAGGACUACCCCCCGAUGAAAGUCACAUACCAGCCCGAAGCGCAAUACGUGCCCGCGUACCCGCAGCGCACGCAACCCAUGUACAACACAAAGCCAGCGAGUGCAGCACCAACAAUGGCGACGAUGCCAGCAGCCACAGCCUCGGUGGCCCAGCACCAAGCAGCUCCAACCAGCCAGUAUCCGAGCCCCGUAGAAGUCCUGCCGUACCAGUACUACCUCGCCCAGCCAGCCCAGCCCCUCGCCUACGAAAACGCCUUCGUGGACUUUUACAGCGGCCCGGCAGGUGGCUUUGUCCAGGACGACAACUCUCUAUACGAGCCCGCACAGCAGCAACAACCUCAUCACCAGCGGAUGCCACAACAACAGCAGCCGCAGUAUUACGUGCCGGCGGCUCUGGCCGAGCAGAUCAUGGCACAGAUACUCCAGCACGCGGGUAUCCACAGUGCGGCUGCUCAAGUUGUUAAGCACGCGAUGCCGGAGCCAACGUCGCAGCGAUUCACGCCACCGCAGUACCAGGCGCAAAAAUUCCGGGGCAGCGCCGAGACCGGCGAAUCGGUUCCAGUUUCCGUGGAAAACGAAGGCUACUCGUCCGCGACGCUGGGCGCGCCGUCACGGCCGAAAACCCUCCUCGACUCGUACGUCCCGAGCCACGUGAUCGCCGCGCAAGACGCCAACCGUUACAGAGAAAGGCCAAUUAAACUUGAAAGCGGCUUCCUGCCGUCGAAAAUAAAUUUCAUCCAGCGUCGCUCGCACAAGAAGCGCAAGAGCGAUUGA